CUGACUGGCUGUUUUUCUCCUUCCUUCUCCUAUGUCCCCAGGGAUCUUUGAGAAAAGAAUUCCCCCAGAACCUGGGAGGAAGCGACAUCUGCUAUUUCUGUAAGAGGCGUGUGUACGUGAUGGAGCGCCUGAGUGCCGAGGGCCACUUCUUUCACAGGGAAUGCUUCAGAUGUGAGAUCUGCUCUACCACGCUUCGCCUGGCCGUCUAUGCCUUUGAUGCAGAUGAAGGUAAAUUUUACUGCAAAGCUCAUUUCAUUCACUGUAGAACCAAUAGUAAGCAAAGGAAGAGACGAGCAGAAUUGAAGAGACAAGAAGAGGAGGAAGUCAAGGAGAAACAGCAGGAAGCAAAGUGGCCAGACGCUUCCCCUGAAAUUCUUGGUCCUGCCGUCAACAGCCGAGAAGCCAGCCCGCCAGGUAUCAUGACUUCCUUCUUUAGGAAAGUGCUCUACUGGCCCAUUAGGGUGACAAGGGAUCUGCUUGACAUCCCCAGAAGCCUCUGUAACAGGAUACAUGGGUUUCUGCAUGAGACCGCCCUCCAUUUCAGGGACAAUGCUUACAACUACUGCUAUAUGUAUGAACUCCUGAGCCUCGGGGUACCUCUCCUCUGUGUGCUUUUCGAGGUCCUGACAGACAUGUACAGAGAGACAGAGUCCCCUCUCCAGAGUGUGCAUGAUUGGGUGCAACAGUCCCUCUGGGUCAAAAUCAGCUGAAGCUUAUUGUAUGCUCUAUUUUUUUCCCCAAUACACUCUCUCCCAAAGUGCCUGUGAUAUUCCAAAGUGUAAAAUUGUAGUAUUUUUGCAGUUUGCUAGUGCUCUGAAUUUCAAACAAACUAUUUUCAAUCAAGUUAGAUACACAUGCAGAGAGCGCAUCCGCCUCAGCCUUGUCCAAGGAACAUGGCGGAGGUAGAUGUCCUCAUGGUGCCCGUGUGUGGAACUUACAUGAAGGAUGUAUUGAUAGCUUUCUGUUCUUUUUACCAUGAUAAUGAGCCAUGUUUCCGGGUUUACAUUUCAAGAUUUAAUAGACAAGACACAACCUUUUUUCUAAAAGGUUUUUUU